UAAUGACAGCAUCAUCCAAGUCAAUGACAAUACUCUAAUGUUUAUAAUCAUUAGUAAAUGUAAAAAACCAUCAGGCUUCAAUUAAGUUCAAUUAAAUGAAUAACUGGUAACAAAUAACAUUGAAAAGUAAUAAUUCCCGAAUCAAAUAUUUGAUUCCAAAAUCUCGAUUAUCCUUAACAGCUUGUCAAGGGAGCGACUAAAUCCAGGAAUAUUCUCUGAAAAAGAGAAUUAUAUUUUUCUUAAAAAGGUUCAUACAUUCUAUCAUCCUGUCUUCCCAACAUUCCUCCUUCAAAGCCUCAGAUAAGUCUGCCAGGAUGCACAAUAUAGCCAAAAUGAUAACAGAACAACUUCGCAACCCUAAUGAGCUAGAUAUAAGUUUGAGAAUGGAGUUUGGUCCUUUUGAAACUAUACACAAAUGGAAAAGAAUGUCUGAAUGCUAUGAAUUUGUUGGAGCUAGACGAAGUAAGCAUACAGCAGUUGCAUAUAAAGAUGCAAUAUAUGUAUUUGGAGGUGAUAAUGGAAAGUCUAUGCUUAAUGAUCUAAUUAGGUUUGACAUAAGGGAGAAAUCUUGGACUAAAACUGGAUGUAUGGGCACUCCACCGGCACCAAGAUAUCAUCAUUCUGCAGUGGUACAUAGAUCAUCCAUGUUUGUUUUUGGAGGCUACACUGGAGAUAUCCUAGCAAACUCCAAUCUCACAAACAAAAAUGAUCUAUUUGAAUAUAAAUUCCCAAAUGCACAAUGGGUGCAAUGGAAAUUUACUGGACAAGAACCAGUACCGCGCUCAGCCCAUGGUGCAGCUGUAUAUGACGAUAAACUCUGGAUAUUUGCGGGAUAUGAUGGCAACGCUCGCCUUAACGAUAUGUGGACUUGCAAUUUAGUGGGGGAAAACCAUCAAUGGGAAAAAAUCGAGCAAAAAGGAGAAUGUCCGCCGACUUGUUGUAAUUUCCCUGUAGCGGUCGCUCGUAACAAAAUGUUUGUAUUCAGUGGGCAGAGUGGAGCCAAGAUAACAAAUGCCCUUUUCCAAUUUGACUUUGAAACACAUACAUGGAGCCGUGUGUGCACCGAACAUCUCCUACGUAGUGCGGGACCUGCGCCGGCGCGUCGCUACGGACAUGUGAUGGUACACCACGCAAGACACCUUUACGUGUUCGGUGGUGCCGCUGAUAGUACCCUGCCAUCAGAUUUGCAUUGCUAUGAUUUGGAUACUCAGAUGUGGUCAGUUUUACAAGUGGCGACAGACUCACAAGUACCGUCUGGUCGUCUAUUCCACGCAGGCGCGGUUGUAGGCGACGCGAUGUACGUCUUUGGUGGCACUGUGGACAAUAACGUGCGGAGUGGCGACCUCUAUCGCUUCCAGUUAUCAAACUACCCUCGAUGCACCUUACACGAUGAUUUCGGCCGUAUUCUUAAGUCGCAGCAGUUUUGUGACGUCACUCUGCUAGUAGGCGCUGAAGAGACACCCGUGUUCGCGCAUCAGGCGAUGCUAGCUGCGCGCUCGCAAUAUCUACGCACUAAGAUUAAGUUGUAUGCACUAAUUGCCAGGGAAUCUCGUGAAGAACUUUUAAGACGUAUAGAAGCAGGUGAAGAGGAACCAACCGAGCAGUUCUCAUACAAGUCACAACCCCAGCUCGUGGUCCGACUGCCAGAAGCAACACCUGAAGCGUUCCGAAUGAUCCUCAACUAUAUUUAUACGGACAAGAUUGAUCCUACUGAGAAAGACGAAGACCCCGCUUCGCCAGCAACAAUGCUACUAGUUAUGGAAGUGCUUAGACUUGCGUUGCGUCUCAAAAUCCCACGUCUACGAGGCCUCUGCGCAAGAUACCUCCGAGCUAAUCUGUGCUAUGGCAACGUGCUUCAAGCGCUACAUGCAGCGCAUCAAGCGAAUCUAGCCUGUAUUAAGGAGUACUGCUUGAGGUUCGUUGUAAAAGAUUACAAUUUCACACCGAUCGUGAUGUCUGCGGAGUUUGAGCAGAUGGAACAGCAAUUAAUGGUGGAGGUGAUUAGGCGAAGGCAGCAGCCACCGCCCAAGCAGCCCGCCGCUGCUCAACAUGACGCCGAGGAAGAGAUUAUUGGUACAAAUCUAGAACAAGACAUGUGCGUGUUCGUGACUUCUGGCGGUGCGGAACUCGCCGACGUACGUCUACGAGUGGGCUUUGCAUCGAGGCCCGCCCAUCGCUCCAUACUUGCGGCCAGAGCUGCGUAUUUUGAAGCUAUGUUCAGAUCUUUCUCGCCGCAGGAUAAUAUCGUCAAUAUCCAAAUCUGCGAUACAAUUCCUUCGGAAGAAGCAUUUGAUUCUCUUCUACGGUACAUGUACUAUGGUGACACAAACAUGCCUACUGAAGACUCGCUAUAUCUCUUCCAAGCUCCGAUUUACUAUGGUUUUACAAACAAUCGGCUACAAGUGUUCUGCAAACACAAUCUCCAAAGCAACGUAUCUCCAGAUAAUGUUGUAGCCAUACUCCAGGCUGCUGAUCGAAUGCGAGCAGCUGACAUCAAGGAGUAUGCCCUGAAGAUGAUCGUGCAUCACUUUGAACUGGUCGCCCACCAAGACUCAAUAAGGACUCUAGCCCAGCCGUUACUAGUUGAUAUAAUUUGUGCCCUCGCGGAAGAACCCCGCCAUGACACACCCCUGCCUUUGCACCCAAGAUCUCUGCCAUCAUCUUCAUCUGGUGACACAUUGGCUGACGAGGACUAUAUCAGAUAUCGGACAAACAGGUCUUAACAGAUAAAGGAGAAUCAUAAGCUUGAAAUAAAAGGAUCUAUAAACAUGGCUUUAAGUUGUAAGAUGCAAAACAAAUGGUCCUUAGUGCGAAUGGAGAUUUUUAAUGAUACUUAUGAACAUCUAUUAUUUAAAUAUUUAUUGAAAAUAUUGAAAGCACUUUUGUCAUACUUUUGUAGUUGUAUGAGUUGUUGUUUUAAUUUUUGUUAAUAGAUGGAGGCAUAAGUUACUCUUAAAAAUUGUUUUCAAAUAAAACAAUGUUUAGUUUGAAUUUCUAAAAAAAUCUCAGAUUCAAUAUGUAACAAAUAAUUGUUUAUAAUUAAGUUAAGGUAACAGCAAUUCAGAUCCACUGUAAUUAAAGCCGCAGACUAGUCAUUCAUAAAGUAAUUUAAAUGUUUUUGGACUGAAAAUGUAUUUCAAAAUUUAG